GGCGAGGGCGGAGACGCCGCGUAGGCCGGGCCGUCCGGGCGUUGGGUCUGAGAGCUGGAGCCCCAUGUCCGGCUGUGUCUACCCACGAUGUUGCCCUCCCGGAGGAAAAUGGGCCAGCUUCCCUGGGAGGAUAGCAGGGCCAGGUUGCUUCCUGGAAGCCUCCACCGGAAAUGCUCCAUCUUCCGCCUCUUCAUUGCCUUUCUCCUGUUGGUCUUCUUCUCUCUGCUCUGGCUGCAGCUCAGCUGCUCUGCAGAUAUGGCCCAGGUGACCAGAGGGCAAGGACAAGAGACCUCGGGUCCUCCCCGGGCUUGCCCCCCAGAGCCGCCCCCUGAGCACUGGGAAGAAGAUGAGUCAUGGGGGCCUCACCGCUUGGCGGUGCUGGUGCCCUUCCGGGAACGCUUUGAGGAGCUGCUGGUCUUUGUGCCCCACAUGCAUCGCUUCCUAAGCAGGAAGAAGAUCCAGCACCACAUCUAUGUGCUCAACCAGGUGGAUCAUUUCAGGUUCAACCGGGCAGCACUCAUCAACGUGGGCUUCCUGGAGAGCAGCAAUAGCACAGACUACAUCGCCAUGCACGACGUGGACCUGCUCCCUCUCAACGAGGAGCUGGACUAUGGCUUCCCCGAGGCUGGGCCUUUCCAUGUGGCUUCCCCAGAACUCCACCCUCUCUACCACUACAAGACCUAUGUGGGCGGCAUCCUGCUGCUCUCGAAGCAGCACUAUCAGCUGUGCAACGGGAUGUCCAACCGCUUCUGGGGCUGGGGCCGAGAGGAUGAUGAAUUCUACCGGCGCAUCAAAGGAGCUGGCCUCCAGCUUUUCCGCCCCUCGGGAAUCACAACUGGCUACCAGACAUUUCGUCACUUGCAUGACCCAGCCUGGCGGAAGAGGGACCAGAAACGCAUUGCAUCUCAAAAACAGGAACAAUUCAAGGUGGACCGGGAGGGAGGUCUGAACACUGUGAAGUACCGGGUGGAUUCCCGCACAGCGCUGGCUGUAGGAGGGGCCCCCUGCACUGUUCUCAAUAUCAUGCUGGACUGUGACAAGACAGCCACCCCAUGGUGCAUAUUUGGCUGAGUGCUAGACUGUAAGGAAGCCUGUGCUUCCAGACCUCAAUGCUGCUCAGGCUCAGGAACCCUCAGACCUUAGGCCCAGCUCAGAGGAUGCAGACUGGCCUGAAGGAAUCGAAAGCUGGUCUGUGUCUUCAGCAUCCUGGCCCCCAGAGCCAGGCUCAAGACCCAACACAGGUAGUUAGUUCCUGGGAUGCUGCUGGAAAAAUUUGUCAGAGAGAGGCUGGAGGUGUGGCUCCUGACUGACCUGCUCUACCCUGCCUUCCUGCUCACCAUGCUCUGCCUGCCCACCCAUGCUGAGGCCUGAGACAAUGGAAAGAUGGGCUAGGACAGCCUCAGCA